AUGGCGAAGACCUACGAUUACCUGUUCAAGCUGCUGCUGAUCGGGGACUCGGGGGUGGGGAAGACCUGUGUCCUGUUCCGCUUCUCCGAGGACGCCUUCAACUCCACUUUCAUCUCCACCAUAGGAAUUGACUUUAAAAUUAGGACCAUAGAGCUCGAUGGCAAGAGAAUUAAGCUACAGAUAUGGGACACAGCUGGUCAGGAACGGUUUCGGACUAUCACAACGGCCUACUACAGGGGUGCAAUGGGCAUCAUGCUGGUCUACGACAUCACCAACGAGAAGUCCUUUGAUAACAUCCGGAACUGGAUUCGGAACAUUGAAGAGCACGCCUCUGCAGACGUCGAAAAGAUGAUACUUGGGAACAAGUGCGACGUGAAUGACAAGAGACAAGUUUCCAAGGAACGGGGAGAAAAGCUGGCCCUGGACUAUGGAAUCAAGUUCAUGGAGACAAGCGCAAAGGCCAACAUCAACGUGGAGAACGCAUUUUACACUCUCGCCAGAGACAUCAAAGCAAAAAUGGAUAAAAAAUUGGAAGGCAACAGCCCCCAGGGGAGCAACCAAGGAGUCAAAAUCACCCCGGACCAGCAGAAGAGGAGCAGCUUCUUCCGAUGUGUCCUUCUGUGA